UUUAGCAUUCGGCACUCAUCGCUCGGGAGCAAUCGCAGCUGCUGAGGAGCCAAACUCGGUGGCUGCGAGUAUGUUGGUCCAGUGUCCCCCCCAGUCCGGAGCGUCAUAUGAUUUCUCCUAGGGGAUAACCGCUGACUGGGACUGCGUCUCCAAGCCGAUCCUUUGCUGAUAAGCCUGGUGCCGAGUCUCCAGCGUGAAGACGAAAGAGGAGUUUUCCCUUCCCAGCAGGAUUUUCUGCUUUGAAUGACAGAGGAAGGGGGAAAACCAAACCGCCUGGCACUCCUUGCCGGUGAGGCUCCUUCCCCCCGCCGUCUGCUGGGACACAAUGGAGCUUUUCAGGUUGAGUCUGAGUUGCAUUUGCCUCCUUCCUUGGCUUGAGGUAUCAGAGGGGCAAGGCUUCCUCAUAAGGAACACGCGGCUGGAAAAGUGCAUCCAUGUCUCCCACCACAAGACUGACGGCAUUGGCCUGACCGACUGCAAGCUGCACUCCCAGCAGCAGCAGUGGAGCUGGGACCCCACCACCGGGACCAUCGUCAGCCUUAAAACAAAGCAGUGCUUGUCGGCCCACAAGACACGCAAGUAUGCGCUGGCCAAGCUAGAGCCCUGUGGGGACUGGGAACGCCAAGCGUGGGCCUGCAGCAAGAAGGGACAUUUGACUUUACAAAGCCUGGGCUUCCACCUCAGCACCAAGGAAGGAGGCCACAAGGUCUUCGUCUCAAGGGAGAAGGACAAGUUCAGUAGGUGGAAGACUUUAGCGGAUGAAACCAUCUGUGCUGCUGCCCAGACAGCAGCUCUGAGGCCUGGUGAACCAACACAAGAAGCUGUAGACAGACUGAUCUGGAUAUAUGAAACUAAAACCAUCGAUUCAUCAAAGACCCAUGCUGUGGACAGGGAGCCUUCCAUGGGCUUGACUGACCCACCUCUGACUAACGAGUUUAACAACACAGCAUCACCAGUGAAGACUAAACAGGCACACCUCCCAGCAGACGAGGAUCCGUCCUACAGUCAUUCUAAAAAGCACCAUGGAAAUCGGGGGAAAAGCUCUGGGGCCAGGCUUGCAGGCACCAACUGGAAGACAGCUAUGCUAGUCCUCAGCCCCUUGGCAUUCAUACUGGGAUUAAUAAUACUGACACUGAAUGUUCAUUACAACAAGAAGAAGAAAAUCCUGUCUGCUUUGAAGAGUUCCCCAGACAGCAGCAGCAGAGCUGACUUACGGGAGCAGUCCCGAUUACCAAGAGGCCCCCGGCCACACACUCCACCAUCUCGCUCCCCUUCCUUGAGGCACGGGGAGAUCCUUAUCGAGUGGAAAGACGGGACUGUCACUCCUCUUUUUGAUAAUGCCAAUUAUCAAAUGGACUAGCUCUGAGCUGUUGUUUCCCACUGUGUUACCCGCCGUCCUUCUCAAUGGGGAGAGUGCCUCCUUACAGGAUUUUCUCCCUUGCCUUACUAUUUUUGACAGGGAGUUGUAAGCGCUGUUUGCUUUUUUAACACUUGAGAACAAUCUCCUUGUGCAGCACAAAAGUUGAAGCAAGCAGAACAGAUUGUUUUGUUUGCAUAGGCAUACACUGCUUAGCUCCUCCAGAGCUACUUUAACCCAUGACAAGACCCAGCUUUAGCUAAAUGAAGCCGAGUAUCUUGUCAGCUGCAACUGUCUGCUGCCCUGAAAUUCUUGUGUUAUUGAGCAGGCAAGAAAGUAAUUCCUCUGAGACAAGGAAUAAGGUGAAAGCACAAAUCCGGGUGAAUCUUAAAUAUUUUUUAGGCUUAAAACAAGCUGCCAACAGACAUAGAAAGCUGUCAGUUACUUCAUCCGUGAGAGAAUGUAACUAACAAGCAACGUCUUCAGGACUCAAAGGUGAAAGGGUCUCCAAAUCUGCCAAAUCGCCCCAGAAUAGAAUCAUUUUUCUAAAUUAAAAAGUUGCACCCUUUCCUCUCUGCAACACAGCAAGACUGCUGCUGAGAGAGUAUCUGUUUCACAGAAUAUUUUUAUAUUUAGGGUGUACUAAACCUGGGAACAUAUUUUAGUAUCAGACAUAGGCAGAGGAAGAAUUCCUUCUCCACCAGUGACUGACACGCAAAUACUCAGAAUUGAAUUCUGACUUUCCAAUGCUUCCACCUUUAAAAUAAGUCCAAAGACUUUGUGUACACUGUCAGGUCAAGUUUCCAAAUGUCUAAGCACCACAGAACUGGUGGAAAUACAUUCUGUACACAAAUCCCUCAAAACGCACAUGCAGUGCCCCACCCGCCAUCACAGUUACAUCCCUCUUACCUUCUUCUACCACAAUUUAGAUGCCCAUCCUUGAAAUUUUGUCCAUGGAGCACAUUACCUAACAAUUUACAGCAGUUGUUACUCUCCCAAAUCUUGAUGCAUUUGGGGAACGCUAUAUAUGCAGUGCCAUUAAAACGCAAAAACUCACUUGGAGUUCAGCUAAUGCUGUGAAAACAGCAAGUACUUAUGUUCAUUACUGCUGAAUAGGCAGAACAGAUGACUUGAUAAUAACUCUAAUUCAUACUUAAUUUGCAAAUCUUGCUCAAACAUAAAGCCAGUAAUGCCAUUGUUUACAAAACAUUGAUUAAAUGGUAGGUUAAGUAAUAAUAAAAAAUAAGACUGUGAAGCAGUGCAUGGGCUUUUAAUUUUUUUAAUUUUUUAAGAAAAUUCUCCCCCUCUUUUAACUGGUUCUAAUUUUUUAAUAAUUUCUGACUGGUUUAUAGAUAGAUAAUAGAUAGUUAGAUACUAGAGACAAAACUUGCCAAGGUAGGGACAGAGGAGGUGAGGGUGUGACUCUUCAUCACUAGAGGUCUCAAAGAGCACACGAGCCAAGUGUCCAUCAGGAAAGACUCUGAAACAGCCAAUUCUCCCUGGGGCAGUGGAUGGGCCAGACGACGGUGGGAGGUGCCUUUCAUCCUCUGCUUCUAGCAACCAGCUGAGAAGCAUUCACUGCAAUCACACAGCCUGUGUGCUCUUCACUGUCUGCCAUCACUUGAAUGCAAUGUUUUUAAGCAGCGUUCAUAAAUCAAAAUAAAACCUGCCUUUAAAGUGGAA